UCAGCUUUAUUUUUUAUGUGAAACUAAAAAAAUAUUAGUGAAAAAUAAUAUAUAAUUUGCUCUAAUAAUUUUUGGAUUGAUCACUAGAAUAAUGUAUAGCUAAGUUGUUGAUUUAGAAAAAGUGAAGUUGUUCUAUUUUUUAGAGAGCUAAGGUCAAGGCGAUAAGUCGGGCGCCACUGACUUAGUCAAGCUGAAUUUUUCCUUCGACUUCUUUGAUCCAACCAUCUGUUCUCUUCUUGAUUUCUAGCACUUUUAAUAUAUUCUUCCUAUUCUAAAUCUUUUCUAGCACUAGUUUAAUUUGGUUUUUUAGUAUUUUCAUGUUAUUAUUUGAUUGUGUUUUUUAACUUGAUUUUGCAAAAACCUAAUUUUGAAUGGUCUAAUCUGCUCUAGGGUUUCUCAAUUUGUUUUCUCUGAAAUCGAUUAUUCUGUGUUUGUCAUGAUUGCAAUCACCUUCUGAGUUUGUUUCUUGAAGUAAUUUUUCUUUCUUUAUCUAUCUUAUCUCUUUAAUUUUUUUCCCUCCUUGGUUUUUCAGAUUUGGUCAUGGGAAACUGAAGGAAGCAAUAUAGGGUCUGAGUAUCUAUUAUCAUCAUGAGAUUGUGGGAUUAGAUUUAAGAGUACAUCUGAUUUUAUGGGUUUUUUGGGGUAUGGUUUUGAUUCACCCAAUUAAUUGGUCUCUUGACUCUUGGUUGUGUUCAUCUGAAGUUGAUAUUUGGGAAUGCUAUCUUAGCAUCAUGAGCUCCUACUAAUUUAUUCAAAAGUGACCUUUGGUAUAAUGGUUGCAACUCUUUGGUUGGAUGAGUUGGCAAAGUCUGGUGGUUACAUGGAUUGAUCUGCUGGCAUGGCUCAACCACAAAAUUGGGUGAUGCUCUUUGAAUGUACCCCCACCUCUUUGAUCAAUUCUUUGGAGAUUCUUCAUCAACGGUAGCGAUUGGAUCAACUUUCCCGCAUCUCGAAGAUUGUUGGAGUGAUUAUUUUUGCACCAACAUAUUUUGGCGCCGACUAAGGGGAUCUACGAAGAAAAGAUCGUGCUCCCCAAUUUAUAAAAGCUGUUCUCAAACGAUUUUCGAAACUAAGGUUUCAAAAUCAUUGUGAUCAAAAGGUUAGAGAAGGUUUCACAACGUACCAGAAAGUUGCAGAAGCUUCAGAACACUUUCAGAAAGUUGCUGAAAGAUUCAGUACUUUUUCAGAAGGUUGUGGGAAGAUCCAAAAAAGUCGCAGAAGGUUCUGCCAAAGUUGUAAAAAGAAUAGUUUGAAAGAAAAGAGAGACGAAUGGAGGCAUCAGGAGCAGAUCGACCUGAGAUGGAUGUAGAUGUACCCACUGGGAAUCAAUCGAAUCAACAAGCAAAUACUCGAACUUUGAGAAACGCUGUUUUUCAAGGCGUUGACGAAAGGGAUGGGAGAUCGACGUCGGUGUCAUCAUCAACAUCAGCUUCUCGUUCUCGUUCUGAGAGGACUAUUCCAAGGGUGAAUUACGUUUUGAUAAAUAGAUCACCACCUCCUACCGCUAGCAGAAAAGUCCGUCAUCAAGGGGAAUCUUCAGGUCAGCACCCGAGUAACCAAGCCCGUCGUGAAGAAGAUAUUGCUAGCAGAGGUGUGCAGGAUCGAGUUAGCAAUCUACUUGUUGGUCAAGCCAACGCCAUACCCGCUGUGCAAACUGAUAUCCCACCUACUGUUCAGACCAAUCUCCAAUCGGUUACUCAAGUUAACAACCCUCAAGCCAUGCAAAUGAACGCUCCACCUGCUGCUCAGCACACACAGGUGACACCUAUCGAUUUAACAGUUCGUGAGCGGCUGCAAGAAUUGGAAAGAGAGAACAAACGUCUCAAGGUAGCUUUAGAGAAGAGAAAGGAGGUCGAAGAAGCUGUUAUUCCUCGUUCCGGCGGCGAGAGAUCAUACCAUCACCGAGAUCCUGACAGUCCGUGCAGAUGGAAUGAUCAUCGCCGGCGUAGCCGAAGCAACAAAAGAAGAGAGGAUAACGGCAGGGAUGUUUACCAGAGCCGUAAUCAUCAUAACGACAUCUAUUAUGAUCGUUACAUCACCAAUAAUGAUCACUACUAUGCAGCUGAGAGGGGUAGGCAUGACGAUACAAGUCGAGUGAAGCAUAGGCAGAGGAUGGAUCACAAAAGAUCGUCACUCAAAGAGGACUAGGCAUAAAAAGGAGCGUUCAAAGAAGAGGACGAACCCUGUUAGGAAUGAACGAAUUCACAGGGGAAUCGAAGGUGACUCGGAGGAAGACGAAGUGCUCAACAAAAAGAAGCUUAGCGCCAUGAUUGACGAGUUGUUAACGCAGAAGCAAUCCAAAGAUGAAGAACAACAAAUCUUUUCCAUGAAGAAGUCAAUGGGCUCCCCAUUUGUUGGGAAGAUAAGACGAUCCCGUCCAUCCUCAAACUUCAGUCAACCUCAGUUCAAAGACUUUUUAUACGGCAAAAGUGGAAAUCCGGUGGAGCAUGUCCAGCGUUUCCAAGCCUCGAUGGGUUUGUGGGGAUACAACGACGAGCUACUGUGCAGAACAUUCCCAACACCUUUGACGGGUACCCCACCUCUUUGAUCAAUUCUUUGGAGAUUCUUCAUCAACGGUAGCGAUUGGAUCAACUUUCCCGCAUCUUGAAGAUUGUUGGAGUGAUUAUUUUUGCACCAACACUAAUAUCUUAUAAUUUAGUGGAACUUCCUCAGAUGUUUUUCUACACUUGGCAUUCUUUUCUGGUAAGCCCGGGGAGUCCUAGUCUAUAACCGAUGAAAUGUUUGUCUGUUGAGUGUGGUUUAAUGCCUUGUCAGUUUUAUCAGUUUGAGUAUGUAGUUGGAUUUAUUCUUGGUUUAAGAGAAAAUCUUGUUUAUAGUCUCAUCAGUUAUUCUUUGUAGCUGCUACUUCAGUUAUUAUAUUUCUUUUAUGUGAU